UUGACAUCGAUUUGCAAAGCAACAACAUGGCGACGACAAUGAAAGAAGCAGUCUCGAUGUACCAAAAGCUAAACAAGGAAUGGAACAAGAAACCACCAAGUCUUGAUAAAUGUGGCGCUAUUCUUGGACAGCUAAAGAUUGCCUUGUUGAACCUUUCAUUUCUACCCAUAGCUGGAAGCAAGCCAUCCAAACAAGAAUUACUCAUUGCACGUGAUAUUCUAGAGAUUGGUGUGCAAUGGAGUGUACUAAAAGGAGACAUCCAGUCUUUUGAGAGGUACAUGGCUCAACUGAAACCGUAUUACUUUGAUUACAGGGAAGAGUUACCAGAAUCUUCGUACAAGUUUCAGCUUUUAGGAUUAAAUCUACUUAGACUUCUAGCACAGAACAGACUGGCUGAGUUUCAUACAGAAUUGGAGCUGCUACCAGCCAAGGAAAUCCAGAAUAAUAUUUACAUCAAGCACCCGGUAUCAAUGGAACAGUACCUGAUGGAGGGAAGCUACAACAAGGUAUUUCUUGCCAAGGGCAACGUUCCAGCGGAGAGCUAUAACUUCUUUAUAGAUAUCCUCCUGCUGACCAUUCGAGAUGAGAUCGCUGCCUGUCUGGACAAGGCCUAUGAUAGGAUAGCCUUCAACGAGGCUACAAGAAUGCUCUUCUUCACUAAGCCUCAAGAAAUGAAGGCAUAUUCAACAAAGCGUGGCUGGGAAAUUGGUUCAGACAACUACUUCGUGUUCCACAAAGACAAGAAGGCAGAUGACAGCAUUCCCUCUCACCAGCUUGCGUUGCAGGCUAUAGAAUAUGCAAGAGAGCUUGAGAUGAUUGUCUAGUAAACCACAUAGGAAGUAGAGUAGAUUUCACUAUUGCAUAUUCACACGUUGAACAGAAAUUGUUUUUGUCAAAAUGUGACAUCGUCAUCUCAGGACUAUAAGGUCGAUAGUGCUGUUUUGUUGGUUUUCAUAAAAUUAAUUUUGUGUGUUUUGGAGCUCUUUAGAAACGGGAGUUAUCCAUUUGUUCUCGAAAGUAAUGUUUGGCAAAAUGUACAACUGUUCUAUAGGUAAACCAAUUAUUUGCGGGUUUUGAUGCGCUUUUCAAAUUUAUUCACAUUUAUUUCGAUCGCUAUGGAAAUGAAAAUGAAAUUGGUGACCUUAUAGCACUGAGCUGACGACAUGCUUGUUUGACUACCUGCCAUAUAGGCAACGUAAAUAAAGUUCCCGAGUAAAACUUGAAACACAAAGAUGAAAUACAUUUUUGUUUUGUGAGUCGAGUGUACCAAUGUUCAUUGUUCUAUAGGUGGUUAAUUUACUGAUGGGGCCAACUUUCCUUAUGCUGUUUACCAAUAAGAUUAUUUGUGCUUGGUAUAGCAGAAAAGUUGUGAAAAGUGAAAACAAGUGUAUUUCAUAAACGAUCAAAAAGAUUUGGCAACACGAAACGGUUUUCCGAUGUUGGAAUACUCAUCUGCGUAAAAGAACAACCAGCUUUGCUAACUACUAGCAAUUAAUAAUUUUGCAUUCUGUUGAUGGGUGCUCCGUAUUUGACAGUCUGUUUGCAGGCAUUAGCCCUACAGGUUCUGUGUUGCAGGAUCCCUUUGUUAUUUGUGAAA